AAUCAAAACGUACUUUCGUCAUUUCAACCCUUCUUCAACGUCUCGUUCUCUUUCUCUCUCUCUCCAUGGUCAAUCCUUCGCUUAUUCUUCCUCCUCAGCCAUCCUCAUUUGACUCUCUCUCUUUCUAAAUGCUCGUUUGUUAUUCUCUUGCAUGGGACCUUCCGACCAUUCGGAGCCCUAGAAAUUGCGCAGCUGAAGUCCUAGAAAUCCCCAAUUUCCGAUCUACAGUUCGUACAAUUUGAUCCUCGCCAUGGCCGAAGCAGCCUUCCAUUUUCUAUUGCCGUCGCGAUGGGAGAUCGAAGUCACCGUCGCCGCCGCGUUUUUCGUCGUUGCGGCCUAUUGGUUCUUCGCGUACGGCGGCGGAGAAGUUGCCGAUGGCCGGCCAGCUGCUGAGUAUUCGAUUGGGCCUGGAGAUGUCAUUGACGACAAAGAUAAGAUAGGCCAGUUGAAAGGUGAUCCGCAAACCAAUUCUGCAUAUAUAAUCAAGUUAGAAUUGUUGGCAGCUAAGAAUCUCAUUGGCGCAAAUUUGAAUGGCACAUCAGAUCCUUAUGCAAUCAUUACAUGUGGUGGGGAAAAGCGAUUCAGUUCAAUGGUUCCUGGAUCAAGAAAUCCCAUGUGGGGGGAGGAGUUCAAUUUUUCUGUUGAUGAGCUUCCUGUCCAGAUUGAAGUGACAAUAUAUGACUGGGAUAUAAUAUGGAAAAGCACAGUUCUUGGAUCUGUGACUGUUGCAGUUGAAAGUGAAGGUCAAACUGGUGCUGUCUGGUAUACAUUGAAUAGUCCAUCAGGGCAGGUUUGUCUACAUAUUAAAACAAGAAAACUCCCCGUAAACUCUUCCAGGGUUUUGAAUGGCUAUGUUGGAGCAAAUGCUCGAAGAAGGAUUUCUUUAGAUAAACAAGGGCCAACAGUGGUUCAUCAAAAACCUGGACCUCUGCAAACAAUAUUUAAUCUCCUUCCAGACGAGGUUGUUGAACAUAGCUAUUCAUGUGCACUCGAGAGGUCAUUUUUGUAUCAUGGCCGUAUGUAUAUUUCCGCAUGGCACAUUUGCUUCCACUCUAAUGUAUUUUCCAAACAAAUGAAGGUGAUUAUACCAUUUGAAGAUAUAGAUGAGAUACGUAGGAGUCAGCAUGCAUUUAUCAAUCCUGCAAUUACAAUUAUUUUGCGCAUGGGCGCCGGAGGGCAUGGUGUCCCGCCAUUGGGAAGUCCUGAUGGUAGAGUAAGAUAUAAGUUUGCGUCAUUUUGGAAUAGGAAUCAUGCACUAAGAGCUUUACAGCGUGCUGCGAAGAACUUCCAUGCAAAUGUUGAAGCUGAAAAAAAGGAGAAGGCAGAAUCAGCGCUGCGUGCACAUAGCAGUUCCCUAAAAGGUAGUGGAAGGCACACUAAUAGUCCUGAAGAUAGUUUGCCCAAAACUGGAAAAGUUCAAGCCUUCAUAAAAAACGAAGUUCUAGUCGACAUAUACAACGAUGGCUUCCCAUGCACAGCUGAUCAGUUCUUCAAUAUAUUGCUAGAUGAUGACUCAAAUUUUACAAAUGAGUAUCGUGUAGUGCGAAAGGAUGCUAAUCUCACAAUGGGACCGUGGCAUGCUGCUGAUGAAUAUGAUGGCCAAGUCAGAGAGAUAACAUUUAGAUCCGUGUGUAACAGUCCCAUGUGCCCUCCAGACACAGCUAUGACAGAGUGGCAGCACUAUGUUUUGUCAUCAGAUAAGAAAGUGCUGGUGUUUGAAACUGUUCAACAAGCGCAUGAUGUUCCAUUUGGGUCUUAUUUUGAGGUUCACUGUAAGUGGUGCGUGGAGACGAACUCUGAAACAUCAUCUAAUAUAGACAUAAAAGUGGGCGCACAUUUUAAGAAAUGGUGUGUGAUGCAAUCUAAAAUCAAGGCAGGGGCUGUCAGUGAGUACAAGAAAGAGGUGGACUUGAUGUUGGAAGUCGCCCGCUCAUACGCGCAGUCGAAGAUUGCUGGUGGCAAAAUUGAGAAGGCCCUCUCUCCUCCCUCUGUAACUCAAGCCAAUACUUAGAAAAAUUCUGACCAAUCAUCGCUCAAAGUUCUUUUAUUUUUUAUAUUUAUACGUGAAUUUUUUUCCCUUUCUGUGAUCGAGUUAGGUGUUGUUUCUUCUCAAUCCAAGUGUAGCUUUUCACCCUGUCUCAUUAAAAAAAGGGAGUGAGUGGUGUGUCUGUAAUGUUAUUUUGUAUAUGGCAACUAAGUCACGUUGGAAGAUCGACUUUGUAUUAUUGGCACUCAUUUGAGAAACUCUUUAUUUUUUUUAAUAGCAAAGAAUAAUUUCUUAUUAGACAAA